AUUAAGAUGCUGGGCGUCAUGUUGCUUCCUUUUUGUGGUGAAGUUUUUUUCGACCGCCACGGCUUCGCUGUUUCUUCGGCGCUCCUAUUCAUGGUGUUGUAUCUGGCGCCAGGAUAUGCAAGUGGUAAAUAUGUCUGGGUCUGGAAACUUGUGAUGCUGUUUGGCGAAUCAUGUGGACGCCUGCAUUUGCAGACAAGCAUGACAAGUUUUGGAGUUGCUGUAGUGUUGCCUAUCUGCGUGACAAACUGCGUUUCUGCAAGACAGAGGAGUGUGGCUUUUGGGUGGCGUGCAUGACAAACUUUAGAGCCAUGCUGAGUGUGCAUGACAAACCUGGCAUUCUCCCAGACCCAGACAUAUUUGCAUUUGAUACACGAGUGGAAUGUUUCAUCAGGGCUUACCUCGAUGGCGGGGAUUCGGACUUUAUCCUCUGCAAAUAUUAUGUCUGGGUCUGGAAGAUUGAAACUUGUGAUGCGCAUUUUGGAUCAGAUAAAAAUCUGCCAUGUAUGAUGGACUGCAAUAUUAGCCUAGUUCUUGUUAUCAAAAUCUGAAGUUUCUAAUGCGAUAGCCAUUGAGAAACCAUCUCAGAUAAACCAGUAAUGCGAUUGCUUGCAUGCCAGAGCUUCUUGGUCAUGCAAAAACAGCAUGACAUUUCCAGACGCAGACAUAUACCUAUUUGCAGUGUCGAUAGACUUAGAAGUGGGACAGGGCGCGAAGUACUACAAGUUGGAUCCCUUAGAGACCUGGCUGGACCCGAGUGACACCAGUGAGCACACGCUGACCGCCUCGGCCCUGAAUAGUGAGUCCUCCACGAGUCCCUCCUCGCCUCUGUAUAAGCCACACAGUGGGCGUGACCUUGCCGGGUAUGGGAACAAUUGGCGGGGCGCCACCGCACAGCCCAACUGGUGGAAGGUGGAGAUCGAUCCCGGAAAGCUGCUGGCCACACGCAUCCGCUUGUUCGCCGGUAAACAGCCGUGGUACACCCUUGAAGACCGCAAAAAUCGAAUCCAGAACAAUUAUUUAUUGGUUGACGAUGUGGAGAUUGGAAGCUUGAAGCCGACCGAAUCAGAUCGGGUGCUGGGGACGAACCUAAACAUGUUGUGGACCUCGGGCAGUGCUCCGCAAGUGGACAUACCCCUUUGGCGGCGGGCUUCGAGAUUCGAACUGCGAACGAAAGUCUCCUCCAAUAGUACGUUAGGCGGAUUCGAGAUCUACUACAUCCCGGAAAUCACCGUUGUGUACCAGCGGUUGAACUUUAAUCCCGUUCGAGGUGACCCCACGAGGUUUUUCAACGGAUAUCACGUUCCCGGUGAUUCGGGUGUGGAAAGGUCGGACAUUCUAUCAAAAUGAAAAAACCCCCCUCCCCAUACUCAGAGGAGAUUUGUGUAAGCAUAAUUUGUGUAUGUGUUUACAAAUCACGUUGUCAUGCUAGAAUGGAAAAGAUCAAGAUGCGGACUGUAGUGCUGGAUGGCGCGGGAACGCCUUGCGUCUUCAGCAUGACGCGAAGCAACUGGAAGCGGGAAACAGCAUCAAAAAUUGGCUUCAGAGGAGGACGCAACUGCGUAUCUUGGCCUUCUAGCAAUACAAGUCGAUUUGUGUACUCAAAUACAGCAUCACAAAUUUCGUUUUCGCUAUGGGGAGGGGGAAUUUUUCUUCACAAUACAGGCUCACCGGACCCAUCACCGAGUUCCGCUUCGACGUCGAAGCAAACGACCAGGGAUUCAAAAUUGACGGGAUGCAAUAUUACAAUGAAAAAUUUCCCCACCCCAGAACUUGGCAGCAGUUGUAUUGCAAACCUUUCCAAUGGAAACACGAAACACUCCCCGUCUUGCAUAUCUCAGCAUCACAAACGUUCCAUGCUGAAGAGCUCAAAUUUGUGUCGCAAAGGAGCCCAACAGCAGCCGGAUUUGUUUAUGUAAAAGACACCUUGCGCACCUAGAUUCUGCAGUAGAAAGGCUCGUAGUCCACCUUUCGUGCAUAGAUAAAAAGUUCUUCAUUUGAAAACCUUAUGCAUGAGAAACUUGUGCAAAUUCCAGCGUGCGGGCAUUUUUCAUUGUAGUAUGCAAACCACUGCCAACAUGCCGAUCCUCGGAAUUUUGCUCAUACGCUCGCCGGACGGAGCCUGCACUUUUCAACAAAGUAAUGAGGUUGUCGUAGCGCAGCUCCGAAGCUUUGUACCGCACCAACGGAGGCUUAUCACUUUCAAAUUCACGGCCAGUAGUCCCAAGGGAGCGGAGUUAGUCACGAGCGCACAGUAUCAAGUGUAAAAGUGUCUGGGUCUGGAAUGUUUCCGGGUUUGUCAUGCAUAUUUUGCAUGACCCAGGAUGUCUGUAAUGCAUGACCUAGCAUCGCAGAUUGAGAUUUUUAGAGAGCUUCCUGAUGCCUAAUCCGCAUGGCAAAUGCCCUCCCUCAAUGAUGAUGAUGAUGAUGAUGCGUAGCACAAGCUAGACUUCUCUUGCUGGUCAUGCAAUACAGAUUGAUCUUCGGACAGCGGGCUUCCAGGACCCGGGGAAAGAGUGGCCGCGGCAGCAGAAGCCAGCAGCAAGGAGAGAGGAGGCCCCCCUGUCACAGGUAGCGAAGCACAACCUGGAAAGAACAACGCUGCGGUGCAUGGAACCCCAUGCGGACCAGGAGGAAGAACAGGAGAUCAACAACCAAAACGAAGCGCCGUGGUUGGUAAAAGAGAUGCAAAAAAUUCAAGGAAUUGACCCAACAAUUCCAGAAGAAGAAGCGGCAGACUGGAAGCUACCACUGGACAAAGUACUGGGCAGUACGCGACCUACUGGACGGCACUGGGCAUCGAGAGUAGUUGGCAGACCGGCAACGAAACAAUUUAUGGUAGCAGUAGACUCACCACGACGGGUGCUGUUGGAGGGUACAGGCAAGAGAGGCCGUCAGGUCGAGCAGAAGACGGAAAAUAUCCAAUUACGAUAUGAAACUGUACAUAGUGAGCCCCAUGAUCAUGACGGAGACCAAAAGCAGAUAAAACGGCGGAGGAUCACGGAAGGUAACGGGAUGCAGGUGAACUACGACGCAGAUGGAGAUGCAAUUAUGCAUGAGGUCGACGAUGAGAGCAGUGGACCGGUGGAGGACGAAGAGGACGACCUGCUUGCAGAUUGCUGAUC